AUGACCUACCCUGUGCCCCCAGGCAAUCGCCACCGCCGCAUCGUGGUCGAGUUUGGACCGCUCAAAUACUUCCACCUGAUCAUGUUCCUCUCCGAUCUCCAGGCGAAGGAGAACGUCGACAUCGUUGACGUCGCCAAUCUCAAUUCGUUGACGGAAGCGGAAACCGACACGCUGCUCCUGUUCUGCCUCGAGUACGUCGACGACCUGUUCACCGAACUGAUGCGAGCUCUAAUAAGCUGGCUCAGCCGAGAACCAGAGGUGCUAGACCGCAUUGGCGAGGUCACCUACCAUAUCCACUGGCUGCCUCACCACAAGUGGAUUGACUAUACCACGGAGGAAAAACUGGUGUACACCGAGUUUAUGAAUGCUGUUGAGCGCUAUGUGGGCGAAGCCAAAGUGAGACACGUGCUGAUCAUCCAGAAGUACGAUAUCGAGACCACGGUGGCCAUCACCGACCCGGCCGAGAUCGAUAAGCUUGCCCAGGAGAUAUGUGAUGAUGUGGUCAGAUGGCGGCAUUUGAAGAUCUUAGACUACGGGGUACUGAGUUUCCGCUUUCUCCCCACGCUGAUCUCGCUCGCUGAUACCAUGGAAGUGCUUAAUAUCGGUGGUGGCUAUGCGCUCGAGACCUUAGGAGGGUUCCAUAUCCCCCGCCUCCGAGUGCUCAUAGCUCUGCAGAACGCAUUGCACGCCAUCGACGAGGUGCUGUUUCCGCUGACGUUGCGUAGAUUGGAGUUGCUGGACAACAAGAUCUACUUCCUCAGCUACGUGAGCUUCCCCCCGUUUCUCGAGCACUUGGACGUGCUGCAGAACCGCAUCGACACCCUCAAGGGAGUCAACUUCCCCGCCACGCUUGUGCUGUUGAACCUCGCGUUUAACCCCAUCGAACUGCUAAAAGGGGUGCGGUUCCCCGAAGGGCUCCGGUACCUCGACGUGUCCAACAUCCCCAACGAGUCGAUGGCAGGCAUCAGAUUCCCCGACUCAGUGACUAAUUUGAAUCUCCAGGCGCUGAUGACCACUACUAGAGGCCUUAAACUCCCACCGAUGCUCACUCAGCUUUGUCUCUGCGAUAAUAACAUCACCUCCAUCAACCCGCUACGGCUCCCGCUGACCCUCAAAGUGCUCUAUUUGAACAACAACGCCAUCAAGACCCUCAACAAGGUGCUGUUCCCGCCUAAUCUCCGCGAGCUCUACCUCGGCAAUAACCUCAUCACCACCCUCAAAAACGUCCACUUCCCGGCGUCGCUCGAAGUCCUUGAUAUGGAGAUGGACCCAGACUUAAUCGGCAUUGACGACGACUUUGCCAAGCGCCAAUUAACUCUGAUUAAAGACGUGAUGCUCCCACAUAAUCUUCGAGUGCUCCGCCUCGGCUACCACGCCAUCAGCCAGCUAGAUCUGGUCGAUCUUCCUCCAGGCCUAGUCCUGUUUCUGGCGUGCUAUAAUGGCCUCCACACCUUGCGAGGCACGCGUUUACCCCAGAUGAAACUCUUGGACUUGGCGGGUAACCCGAUGCUUACGUUUGACCAUUUUGUGCUCCCCGAACUGGUCACCGAGCUUAGGUUAGCCCCCGAGCUUCUUAGCCAUCUCCCACCCUACGUCAUUGAUCGGAUCAACCAAAAACAGUUGCUAUUGCGCCAGCUGCAGCCGUUUUAA